AAUAAAGUAGUGUGAAUGCUAUCAACAGACGCUGUUGAAGCUUCUGCGGAUCUGUCUUGAUUUAUGCAUUCUUUAUUGGAAAAUUGUUUAAUUUAAUAUAAUGAGUAAUAUAAAAGUGCUUUAUGAAUGGAAAAGAAGAGUGAAAAAAGAAUAUACAAAAAUUCGAUUUAAAAUGCGUGCCAAAAGGGCAAAGCAAAUCGGUCACUGUUGGCAUGUAAAUUGGGCCAGAAAUGAGGAAGACAUAGCAGAGAUAGGCUCUUGGUUACCCAUUUCUAAUUAUGCACCACCACACAUCGACUGUGUCAAACGAGCUGAAGUAACUCAAUAUAAAGAUGGGGAAACUACUCGACAAAAUGCUCCUAUCAGUAUUUUAUAUGCAGUUACUCCGAUUCCCACCAUGUAUACUUGGGCGCCAACUCAGGUUAAUUUUAUGGUGGAAGACGAAACUGUGCUCCAUAAUAUACCAUAUAUGGGAGAUGAAGUAUUAGAUAAAGAUGGUAAAUUUAUUGAAGAACUCAUCAAAAACUAUGAUGGCAAGGUUCAUGGGGAUAAGGAUGCAAAUUUUAUGGACACACAUAUUUUCGUUGAACUGGUUCAUGCGUUGACUAGAAAAUAUACAAAGGAAAUGAAUGCAACCUCAAGCACAAUGGUCACUGACAACAUCGAAGAAACUGCUAAUGAAAAUGAACGAACUGAUAAAAAUGAAAAAGCUGAUACAGAAAAUGCAGAUGCUAAAGACGUUACCGAAAAUGAAAAGAAAAAGACAGAAGAUAAGAAUUAUUAUGAAGAAGAUUCCGAUUUAGAUGAUGGCACAACGGAUAAGGAGAAAUUACCAUUUCCAGCUCCUAUAAUAUUUCAAGCUAUCAGUGCAUUGUUUCCAGAUAGAGGUACUGCUAUAGAACUGAAGGAGAAAUACAUCGAGGCAACUGAGCAUCAGGAUCCCGAAAGACCGCAAGAAUGUACUCCAAAUAUAGAUGGCGAAAAGGCUGAAAGUGUUAGCCGAGAACGUACGAUGCACUCCUUCCAUACCCUUUUCUGUCGUAGAUGCUUCAAAUAUGACUGCUUUCUGCAUCGUUUACAAAGUCAUGCUGGACCCAAUUUGUUUAAACGUCGUUUUCCCGAACUUAAACCUUUUACAGAACCUUGCGGCAAGGAUUGUUAUAUGCUAUUGGAUGGCAUGAAAGAAAAGUUGGCAGCGGAUAGUAAAACACCACCGAUUGAUUCAUGCAAUGAUGCAAGCUCAGAAGACAGCAAUGACAGCAAUAGCCAAUUUAGCAAUAAGGAAUUUAAUACAGAAAACGGAAAAGAUAAUGGAGUAGCUGUUAAUAGUGCUGUAUCAGCAGAAAUAAACUCAAUAAUGGCUGAUAUCAUGGACACUUCAAAUACGAAUUGUACAUGGACUGGCGGUGAUCAAUCUCUUUUUCGUACUCUACAUACAGUAUUUCUUAAAAACUAUUGCGCUAUAGCACAAACGUUACUGACAAAAACUUGCCAACAGGUAUAUGCAUUUGCCCAAAAGGAAACGAGCGAGUUCAAUAUUGAUGAAUUGCGACAAGAUUAUACGCCACCUCGUAAAAAGAAGAAAAAACAACGAUUAUGGUCAUUACAUUGCCGUAAAAUCCAACUUAAAAAAGAAAAUCCAGCUCAUGUGUAUAAUUACACACCAUGCGAUCAUCCUGGGCCAUGUGACAUGAAUUGUUCUUGUCUAUUGACACAGAACUUUUGCGAAAAAUUCUGCAAUUGCAGCAGCGACUGCCAGAAUCGUUUUCCCGGUUGUCGUUGUAAAGCACAAUGCAACACAAAACAAUGCCCGUGUUAUUUGGCAGUGCGAGAGUGUGAUCCAGAUUUGUGUCAGGCAUGUGGAGCUGACCAAUUCAAACUUACUAAAGUCACAUGUAAAAAUGUGUGCGUACAACGUGGAUUGCAUAAACAUCUUUUAAUGGCUCCAUCGGAUGUCGCAGGUUGGGGUAUUUUUCUUAAGGAAGGUGCACAAAAGAAUGAAUUCAUAUCAGAAUAUUGUGGGGAAAUCAUAUCACAAGACGAAGCCGAUCGUCGUGGCAAAGUAUAUGACAAAUACAUGUGUUCAUUUUUGUUUAAUUUAAACAAUGACUUCGUAGUGGACGCAACACGUAAAGGAAAUAAAAUUCGUUUUGCGAACCACUCUAUUAAUCCAAAUUGCUAUGCAAAAGUAAUGAUGGUUACUGGUGACCAUCGUAUUGGUAUAUUUGCUAAACGUGCUAUACAACCGGGCGAAGAACUCUUCUUUGACUAUAGAUAUGGUCCAACGGAACAAUUAAAGUUUGUUGGAAUAGAACGCGAAAUGGAAAUUGUUUAGAAAAGUAAAAAAUAAACAACAAAUUCAAGAUUUUAAGAUGUUAAAAUUUUAAUCAAUACAUAAUACAUUACUUUU